CAAACCAACCAUCUAACGGCAUGUCCGUUGGUGGAUUGUACUGUAAGAACGGUUACUUGUACAGAUCCAACUCCGCCAAGUCUAAAUUGUGUGAGUGGGGUGUUGACUCCUCUUACGCUGUUAACAACGUUGAAAAGGAGGUUGCCCUUUGUCGUACCGACUACCCAGGUUCUGAGAACAUGAACGUUCCAACCCUUGUCUCACCAGGUUCCAAGAAGCCAAUCUCUGUUGUCGACUCUGAUACCUACUUCCAAUGGAAUGGUGCUAAGACCUCUACCCAAUACUACGUCAACGACCAAGGUGUCUCUGUUGAAGAUGGUUGUAUUUGGGGUACCGAUGGCUCUGGUGUCGGUAACUGGGCCCCAGUUGUCUUGGGUGCUGGUUACACAGGCGGUAUCACUUACUUGUCCAUCAUUCCAAACCCAAACAACAAAAACGCUCCAAACUACAACCUCAAGAUCGAAGCCACAAGUGGAUCUUCUGUUAACGGUGCUUGUGCUUAUAUCGAUGGCUCAUACUCUGGAUCAAACUCCGAUGGUUGUACCGUUUCUGUCACCUCUGGUUCUGCAAACUUCGUCUUUUACUGAUCCACUCUUGGACGUCUGAUAUUGCAUGCUACAUUAUUUUAUACCAUUUCUUUGACGGGCCCAACUUUCAUUCGCUUCCAUAAAAACUCUUGGGUGUCCUGUGUCGACCUGUGUGACUGUUUUAUACACGUGUGCCAUCUCGCUUCUCAUCAUUUUCUUUUCUUUCUAAAGAGGAAAACAACAGAUCGAGGAGAGCUACGACGUGUUUCCCAAUCUCAUGCUUUUGGCACCGCUUUGGACUUAUAACCUUCCUCACAGACACAGUAUACACGCAAAGAGCUCGAUUUCUUUUUUUUUUUGCUUUUCUUUUGAUCUCUCCUGCUAUUCCUUUGGCU